AUGAAAUAUCAAGCUCACAUAAAUCUUGAGUUCUGUAACAAGUCAAACGUCAUCAAGUAUCUUUUUAAGUAUAUCAAUAAGGGUUCGGAUCGGGUGACUGCAACUGUUGGAGAAACAUAUCAUGUUGGUGAAUCUUCUCAGGUGGUUGAUGAGAUCAAGCAGUAUUACGAUUGUCGUUAUUUAUCACCGUCUGAAUCCAUGUGGAGAAUUUUUGCUUAUGAUAUUCAUCAUAGAUGGCCGUCAGUACAGAGGUUGACUUUUCAUUUGCCGAACCAGCAACAUGUUGUAUUCGAUGAUGCUGAUAUCAUUACUCAUGUUUAUUUGCGCAACAAAGAUUUACUGACAAUGUUUACGAGUUGGAUGAUGGCUAAAAGGCGGUUCCCGGAUGGGUGGUCUUUAACAUAUGUUGAAUAUCCGGGAAAAUUUGUGUAUUGUUCAAACAGUAGGGAGUGGAAGCCGAGACAGAGGGGAUUCUCAAUUGCAAGAUUGAGUUUUGCUCAUCCGUCAUCUGGUGAACUUUUCUAUAUGCGGAUGCUUUUGAAUGUGCAUAGAGGUUGUACCAGUUUUCGAAGUAUAAGAACCGUGAAUGGUGUUACUUAUGAUACAUUUCAGGAGGCAUGUUCUGCCAUGGGAUUCUUGAUAGAUGAUAAGGAGUAUAUUUUUGCUAUUAAGGAAGUCGCCGAGGUAGCGUCUGCUGCACAACUAAGGCGGCUUUUUGUGAUGUUGUUGCUAUCUGGUUCCAUGGGAAGGCCUCUGUCAGUUUGGAAACAAACUUGGGCUUAUUUGUCUGAUGAUAUUCUUUAUCGCAGAAGGCAUGAGCUGCAAUAUCCUGAUCUAACAAUGAGUCAGGAUGAGUUGCAAACAUUUUGUUUAUUGGAGAUUGAGAAACUAUUGCAGAGUAAUGGAAAAUCAUUGAGAAAUUAUGCUGGCAUGCCAGUUCCUAAUAAAUCUUUAGUGUCUCAAUUUAGCAACUUGAUGUUGCUGCGUGAGUUGGUUUUGUCGGCUAGAUUGCGAUCUGAGAAAAGGAUUGUUAUAAACGUUGCUUCUAGUGGUAUUGCUUCUCUGUUGUUACCUGGUGGUAAGACGGCGCAUUCUAUGUUCAAUAUUCCUGUUGAGCUGACUGAAGAUACUGUUUGUCGGAUUAAGAAGGAUAGUGCAAAAGCUGAGGUAGUCCGAUUGGCCGAUUUGAUUAUUUGGGAUGAGGCACCGAUGACUAAUAAGUUGGCAUUUGAAGCACUCGAUAGGACGUUACGUGAUAUAAUGGUUUCGGUCUCUGAUAGGAAUAAAGAUUUACCUUUUGGUGGGAAGGUGGUCAUUCUCGGUGGUGAUUUCAGGCAGGUCUUACCAGUUAUUCCGAAAGGUUCUCGUGUUGAGAUUGUGAUGGCUUCAAUAAAUUCUUCUGUCCUUUGGAAAUAUUGCAAAGUUUUGUGUCUGACGAAAAAUAUGAGGUUAACAAUGGGAUUGGAACAAUCAACUCCUCAGGAGUUAAGGUCAUUUUCAGAUUGGAUACUUCAAGUCGUAGAAGGUCGAUGUAGAACAGUGGUCAGUGAUAAACUUUUUGUUGAUAUUCCUUCUGAUCUAAUAAUUCCUGUCUUGGAGAAUCCAGUGGAAGAUAUUGUAAAUACAAUCUAUCCGAAUUUGGUUCAGAAUUUUCGUGAUCCAAGUUUUUUCCAGGAUAGGGCAAUUUUGGCUCCGACUGUCGACAAUAUUAGGUGUUCUAGUCUACCUAAUCAUUCGUUGAAGUUGAAAAUAGGCAUGCCUAUUAUUUUGUUGAGGAAUAUUGAUCCAGCUGGGGGUUUGUGUAAUGGGACUCGACUUGUUGUGCGAGAUUUAGGGAGAAAUGUGAUCGGUGCGGAUAUUGUUUCUGGUAGCAAUGUUGGGGAUAAAGUUUUUAUUAGUAGAAUGAAUAUGAUUCCCAGUGAUACGGUUAUACCGUUUAAAUUCCAACACCGUCAGUUCCCGGUUUCUCUAUCAUUUGCGAUGACAAUAAACAAGAGCCAGGGUCAGACAUUAUUAACAGUCGGUUUAUUCUUGCGUCGUCCUGUGUUUUGUCACGGUCAACUUUAUGUAGCUGUUUCCCAAGUUAGGAAUAGAAAUGGUCUUAAGAUUUUACUUUGUGAUGAUGGAUUAGUUGAUCCUAUCAGGACUGAGAACGUUGUUAAGGAUUUUCCCAUAGAGUCUCAAAUAGAAGAUUUGCAACCAAUCAAUCAGGUUUUACUGUCUAGGGUUUGUGAAUCUGCUAAUUUGCGAAUUGUCUAUCUGGCUUCGUAUGUUUCUGGGUUCAUGUUCUUUUUUACAUCCUUUGGAAGUUGA